AUGGCGACACCAACAGCAGCGGACGCAUUGUCAGCCGUAAACGCAGCUGCCACAACCGCUACAACCGUUGGCAAUCGUAUUGACGCCGUGGAACUUCAACUGAACAAUAUUGCGACCCAACUUCAGGCCCUGAUCACGGCCGCAGCAGCGGCCGGUGGGGGCGUCGGUGGAGCAGGCGGCGGCGGUGGCGGCGGUGGUGGCGCCGGGGGUGGCGGUAGCGCUGGUGGUGGCGGUGGUGGCGGUGGUGGCGGUGGUGGCGGGGGUCUCGGACCAGCUGGGCUGACUCAGCCCGCACUGCCUCCUGCUCGACGUCGCAUCGACCCGUCGGGACUGGAAAAACUCAACGGUGACGUUCAACUUCCGCAGCUGCGGACAUGGCGGAAUCGGUGGAAUGACUUUCGCCAACUGAACCAGCUGUCAUAA